GCGUCACAGACGUCCCUCCCCCCGGAGAAAGGUCUGUCCUCCGCCGCUGCUCCUCGCCUGUCUCCUCCCGGAUGAAGAUGCGGGCUGCGCGGAUGCGUCUCGCCGCCGCGCUCGCGCUUUUCGUGGCGUCCGCGUGCAGCUCGCGCGCGGAGGUGAUUGAUGACGUCCUCAGCAGCCUGUCUCUUGGCGUGUCCUUCCUCGAGAGGCAGCACGAGCACAUCAACCUAGACGGGGGGGUGGGCUUCGUCCUGCUGCAGGCGGAGCUGAAAGAGGCCGUUGGGACGUGGCCUCACACCGACCCGGUCAGCUGGGCCCAGAGGACCUCCGCGGUGGCUCUGCUGAGGCGUCUGGACCAAGCGCUGGACAAGGCCUUCAUCGCCCUGAAGCGGAACGACCCCAAAUACUACAAAGAGUUUGAGCCUCUGCUGUCCUGGACCUUCUGGAAGAUUCCUCUGGAGGGGGACUCCACGGAUCCCAGUCUGGUGUAUCCCUCCACCAUCAGCGCGGAGUGUUACGACGAGCAGCUCAGCGACAAGUGUCUGACGCUGCUGCUGGGCACCUGGAAGGAGAACGGGACGCCCUGCAUCGUGACCAAACCCUGCCUGGACACCAUGACUCGCUUCGGAUGCCCCCACUACUCCCUGUCCCACCAGCUGCUCUACUUCCUGGUGGGAAGGAUGGGGGGGUGCAGCAACCUGCUGAAGGGCGACACCAGAGCCUCCAGAGCCAACGUGACGGAGCAGCAGUACCAGAACAUUUUCUGCUCCAACAUGAUGAAGACCAACCAGGACGUGGUGGCGGCCGGUUUGACCGAGCAGACGGUGGACAUCUUCACGGAGAACAUCUUGAUCUGUGGAUUGGCUGGUUUCUCAGACUUCUUCAAAGCUGAUUGGCUGCAGCACAUCCUCGGCCUGCAGGACAAGGAGGUGGGCUGCUUCGGGAGGGACCACAGCAUCCUCUCUCAGAUCAUCGGAGACGAGCUGCUGGAGCAGCUGCAGCCUCACAGGAGGGUGAAGAGGAGGGAGAAGAUUCUGCCAGAUGGAUGCUCCAGUCACAUGACGGCGGUGGCGGUGGGCGCUCUGGGAGGGUACCUGAACUUCUACCUGACGGAGCAGGACAUAACCAAGAGGCCGCUGUCCUGAGCGCGCUCGGCUGGAAUCUGUCCCGCUGGGAAACGCACAUUCACCUGAGGAGGGGGUCUCGCCUGCCGCUCCCGCUGGCCGUGUUCUCCAACGCAUGUUUUUAGUCUCCUGAAAAGCUCCGAAGCCUUUUUAUUUAAGCUCAUUUCUUUAUUAUCCUUUCAUAAAAAUAUUUUUGAAGUCAAAAAAGCUGAAAAGAUUCUCUGAGAUUCAUUCCUGAAUUUUAGAGUCUUUGAAGCUGCAUUAGAAUGCUUUUAUUUUGAAAAUACAUUCAUCUAGUAUUUACAGGUAGGGGCCAAUCAGAUCAUGUGAUUCUCCUGCAUUAAUGCUGAAUUACCUGCAGCAGAACGGAGGAGCUGCAUGAAAGUUGACAUCAUGUUAGUGGAAUAAAGAAAGCUUCUGAAACCGUC